AUGAGCGGACAGCCCCCAAAUUCGCCAAACGUGAGCUUGCUGGAUGAAGAGGGUAUUUGUAUGCUGUCCCUCGAUGGUGGCGGGGUACGCGGCUUAUCUUCAUUAUAUGUCCUCAAACGUAUCAUGGAUGGACUCAACGCCGAGAGAAAGAGAUCGGGACAGAGUCCUCAGAAGCCAGCGGAUAUCUUUGAUCUAAUUGGAGGCACGAGUACGGGCGGACUGAUCGCCAUAAUGCUCGGAAGACUACAAAUGGACGUUGAUGAAUGCAUCUCAGCCUAUACAGACCUUACCAAGGUGGUAUUCAAUGAGAAGGCAAGGACACAGGCUCGAUUUGAUUCCGGAGGACUCAAAGCAGCGAUCGAGAAGACUUUGAUGGACAGAGGGUUUUCACCAACAGACAGCAUGGUUGAUAGUCGCGAACCCGACUGCAAGGUCUUUGUUUGCGCCACCUCAAAGCUCGAUGCGGCUACAUAUCGAUUUAGAAGUUACACAAGUCAAAAAAGUUCCCUUAGUGCUACUAUUUGCCAAGCAGCUCGGGCAACAUCCGCUGCAACCACUUUCUUCAACCCCGUUUCCAUCGAGGGCAUGAAAUUCGUGGACGGGGCUCUCGGAGCUAACAAUCCAGUCGACCAAGUUGAAGAAGAGGCUAUGGAGAUCUGGUGUCCAAGCUCAGGCAACCUACAGCCACUGGUCAAAUGCUUUAUAUCAAUAGGAACAGGCAAACUCCCAGCAUACAACAUUGACGAUCGAGUCGAUAAGCUCAUAGGUGCCCUGGCUAAAAUGGCAACGGAUGCUGAGAAGAUAGCAGAAGCAUCGACUAAGAGAUGGAGGCAGCACUUUGAACAGGGGCGAUACUUUCGAUUCAACGUCGAACAUGGAUUACAGAAUGUAGGGAUGAAGGAGUACAGGAAGAGAAGAGAGAUUCAGGCUGCCACCGAUAAGUAUCUGGACAGCCAAGUCCAAAGUUUCUGGGUCCAGAGGUGCGUUGAGAACCUAAUACUGAAGAAGAAGAGUACUAGGCUGGGUUUUGAACUCUUGAUCGCGCCACAACAAGAUUUCGGCUCUUCAAGUCCAAGUCCACAGAGUACAGAGAAGUCUCGAAAGAGUCGACCUAAACAACCUACAUCUGGGGAUACAAAGUCCCCACCCCAACCUUGCUUCUACGUACCAAUUAAGCUAUCCAAACCCUCUAUAGACAGAUCCAAUUACCUCAAAAAGUUACAGGCCGCCUUUUCUCAGGACUGUCAUCAAAUAGCGGCACUGGCAGGCCCUGGUGGAUCUGGAAAAACACAAAUUGCAGCCCAAUUUGCAGAAUGGCUUCAUACAACAUGUCCCGAAUACUCUGUCUUCUGGAUAUCGGGGGACAAUCUUCAACAGUCCUACUCAGGUAUCGCCCAGAAGCUGGGUCUCUUUCGACGCUAUCAGCGCGAGUUGAAGUCCACUGAUGCAAGAGUUCUCUUCCAUCGCUAUAUAUCCGCAGAACGUUUUGGAAGGUGGUUCCUUAUCAUUGACGACGCUGAUGCUAACGGAGAUUUGUUGAGCCCUGAUGCUCGGCCUGGGAGUGUUUUCAAUGAUCUUCCCCAGGGGAAAGAAGGAAGUAUCUUGUUUAUCACACAUUCGAUGAAAGCUGCAAGUGCUGCUGUAAAAGAACAGGCGAACCAGGUCAUCAAAGUUGAAGGACUGGAUGGUCCCGAUGCAAUGACUAUUCUGGGGCAUUCUCUGUUCAACAAGAGGCUGCUUGAUGACGAGAGUAAAGUGAGGGAGCUACUGUCUGAACUAAAUGGCCUUCCUUUGAGUAUAAAGCAGGCAGCAAGGUAUCUUAACAACUGUGCUCAUCUUACGAUAGACAAGUUUCUGGAUUUGCUGCGCAGCCCUAGUCAAGAUGCGUUCUUGUUCAUCUUACAGGAGUCUGACGGAAGGGUCCAAGGAAGUGAUUCCCACGACUCCAUUCUCGAGUCGGUUGUGAAGUCAUUCGAGGCAGUUCGCAAAGAGAAUCCUCACGCUGGAAAGCUACUUGAGUUCAUUUCUCAAAUUGCGUCUUCCUCUAUCCCCAGAACAAUCCUUCCUGGCACUACAGUCAAGGAAGGUAAAAGCAGUCUUGAACAGUCUAUCGGUACAUUGUGCAGCUCUUUCCUCUUGGUUCCGAGACAAGGAGGAAUCAUGUUCGAUAUGCCCACUAUCGUACAUCUAUGCACGCGAGUAUGGGUUCAACAAAAGAAAGCCUCUAAGGGCCUGACGGAAAUAGUGACAAAGCGUCUGAACGAGCUUGUCCCGCCGGUGGAUUGGUCGAAGAGAUUAAUUUGGAAGAAGUACGAGGCUCAUGCUAUUCGUGUCCUUACCACCUGUCAAGACCUUAACCUGAGAUUCGACGAGCGCUUUCAACUUCUGUGUAAAGUCGGAUCUUGGCUCCUACGGCAAAGAAACAGCAAUACAGCAAUUCCAUGGCUUCAGCAAGCUAUGGAAUGGGCAAAGAAGUCCUCAUUCAAGCACACCAAGCGGCGUCUUCGCAUUGAACUCGACCUUGCAGAGGCCUAUGCAGAAACAGAGCAGUCAGCAAAGGCGGUUCAACUUUCGGAAAAGGCCUUGGCAUUUCAAGAGAAGCAUCUUUCAAAAGAUAAGAGCAGCUUAUUAGCUGUGUCAUGCGUUCUCUCAAAGAGCCAUCGUGUCAACGGUACGCCAAAUCAUGGAGUUGAUCGUCUGGAGAAGCUCAGGAAAGUUGACAGUAAGAGAAGCGCCAUGGAAAAGUUGAUACUUCUGGGUGAGCUGGGAAAAUGCUACAACUACGCUGAAGAGUAUGAAAAGGCAGCUGAAAGCCUCGAGAUGGGGAUCGACGCCGCGGAAAGCAAAGUCGCAAAAGACGACCCGAUUCUCAUUGCUGUCAAGAACAACCUCGCGUAUUCAUAUGAGCAAAAAGGCGAACAUAAGAAAUCCAUCUCUCUUCUAGAGGAGACUCUACCGAUCCAGGAGCAAAUCCUAGGCAUAACACAUUUCGACACCCUCAAGAUUCAAGUAUACCUCAUCGAGCAAUACUUAAAGAUCAAAGAGCUUACAAAGGCCAUUUCACUUUUGGAGGAACUAGUACCUAUUCAGAGGAAGACUCUUGGGCAGGUGCAUAAGAGGACCAUGUCUUCUGAGAAUGACCUUGCAGAGUUAUAUCUCCAGAAUAGAAAUGUGUAUACGGCUUUGAAGUUGUAUGAACAUAUGGUUUCUGUGCGUCAGAAGAAUUUGGGGCCAGGUGAUGAGCAGAGGAAGUGGGCGGAAGCGCGUUAUGAGAAGUGUAUUAAGACUUGGAAGUGGACUUGGGCGCGGAGAUGA